GAGUUGCUUUCCGAGGAUAUACAUGACUAAUGAGGAAUGUGGACAAUGUUGAGAUCGAUCUAGGACUUGCUUUGGGUUACUCGAACCAUCGGACAAGAUUGAACAAUGAUUCUGGUGCAGGUGUAAAUGCAGGCUCAAGGGUGGAUAUGACAUUUGUGGUACCUGACCCUCUAUCUGAAUUAGUUUGGUGCCCAUGUGAAGGUUUGAGUCUGAAAUGUGCCGAUUGCAGCUUGGUUGAGAGAAAACCCUCUCUUUUAAGGGAUGUGGGACCAGGCAAUAUGAUUCGUUCACCAAUGCUGAGCAUCAAAUCCAUGAAGACUACUGAUAAUAAACCCAUAGGAGAGGAUAGUGUAAUUAUGUCAAAAGUAGCAUUUAGUGCGGAUGAUGGAGUUUCUGAUAAAGCUAGUUUGGCCAAUUCUCAUAGAGGCAGUGCUGCUACUGGGUUUGGAUCAAGUCAUGAACGCCACUCAGGAGCUGGUGGAAAAAUGGAGGAAAUAAACACUGUUGAGGCAGUAUCUGUUGAACAUUUUGGUCAGAAGGAGGAAUGCAUUACAGACAAUGAAUGUAUUAGAGACAAUGAAGAAAAAUGUUUAAGUGGCCCAAACAACAUCCAAAUAGUUGGUAUGGCUGACACCAAUGAAAACAAUGCAGAUCAUAAAAUUAAAGAAAAAACUAAUUUUCUACCACCCGGAACCAAUGAAUCCCGUCCUGGCAUGGCAAUAACUGAACCUCUGUCUUGGAAAUGUGAUAAAAAGAGGGUGACUGAUCAUGGCAGUAGAAUUGAAGAAAUUGCUGGUGGCACUCAGAAAUGGGCCUCUGAUGUUGCUUUGGCUUCUGAAAAUCCUACCGUCAAACAGUAUGAGCCUUUUGAGGGUCCAUUGCCAGAAAUGCCGUCCCCAGGAAGCAGACACAAAGAAUUGGAUUUAGUUAUUAAAGAUGUGAACAGAAAUCAGAUGACGAGACAUGGUUCUACUAGUGAUCUCCCUACGGGGAAGGUGGAGUUCACUUCUGAAAAUGAUUUGUGCGAUCAGAUUUGUAAAUAUGCCCAUGGACAGAAAGAAGAAAGAUCUCCAGUGGACAAGUCUGUUUCACUUGAAGCUUCUGCAACUAACAGCAGGGUCAUUCUGUGUCAGAGGAAAGGCAAGGAAAAAGCUAUUUCUGAUGGUGAUAGUAAGGAAAGGAUAUCAAAAGAUGAGGACAAUAGUCAUGAAAGUGCAGAAAGCUGUAACACUGCUGGGUUAUUUACUAAAGGAAAGAAGCGAUGGAGCUUUGAACAGCCAUUGGUUUUGGGGAGUAAAAGAAUCAAAAAAGGAAUCCAAGACAGUCCUGCUUCAACUUCUCAUGUCAGACAGGAUAGCUCUUUCAUGAACUGGAUAGCAAACAUGGUAAAGGGCUUGGCUAAGUCCAAUCAAGAUGAGGUCUCUCCUUUUGCUCUUAGCCUUGCUCAUCCAAAUCUUGGGCAUGAGAGCCAUGAUCAGAAAGUUAUCACAUGCGGGAACACAAAUAUGGGCUUCCAAACUAUUUUUCAGUCCCUGUAUUGUACAAAUCCGAAGGCAAAGGAAGCAAGAAUGUCAAAUGACACUUGUUCUACAGGAGAACCUAGAGAAGUUGUGUUGGCUGGCAAAACAUAUGGUGCUGAGAUUGCUCCAAUACCCUGCUGUGGGGAGAAUGAUAAGUUUCUUGUACCAGAUAAGAAGUUCGACAAGUCAACAUUUGCCAACGGAGAAGGCCUGUCGACCCAACCCUCACUAUUUUCUGAAAAUAAUGUCGCUUGGGAAACCUCCAAGCUUAAGUUUUCUGACAAUAACAACUCAGGUAGCCUGGCAUAUAGUAAGGCAAAAAAAGAAGUGUGCUCCUCUGGUUCCUCUCUAAGUAAACGCAAGACCUGUGAGGAUGAGAAAACCAAUUCAGAUCCUCAAUCCGAAGGUAAAGCAAUUCAUAACAUGGGUUUUGGGAGCUUGUGGAUUACUCGGUUUUCUCCAAAAAAAUCCAGCUCAAUGUCAAAUUUAGAUACCUUCAACCAGAGUACACACGGAGCAGUUAAGUGUUCCCCUGAUUACACAAGGCUUGUUCCUAACACUCAAAGUUGUGCUGAUUUUUCCACCAACCCGAAAAGUUUAGGGGCCAGGGGGGUUCCUACAGAAGGCCCGGUUAGUGUUGUGGGUAAAGAAUUGCAAAAUCAUGCCCCCAGUAUGGAGGCUUCCUUUGGCUUUAAAAGGAUCAGUGGAAAUAAUUGUCAGAAGUCCAUUUGUGAAGUAAAUCAUAUUUUACGUUCUCCAAAACUCAAAAGUUUAGAGGCGAUGACUUCUGUGUUUGCGAGGAGAUUGGAUGCCCUUAAACACUUCAUACCAUCCGCUGUAAAAGAUGAUGCAAUUUGUGCGACUACCACCUGCUUCUUUUGUGGCAGAAAUGGCCAUGAUUUACGUGGUUGCUCAGAGAUACGAGAAGCUGAGUCGGUGGAUCUUCUUAGAAACUUCAGUCAGUAUGAUGGACCAAAAGAAUCUUCAUGUUUGUGCAUCAGAUGUUUUCAGCAUGAUCAUUGGGCUAUUACAUGUCCCUUGGCAUCUUCAAGCAGGCAAGAGCAAUCAAAAAAUGAUGCUUCUUUGACCCAUCAACAGAGUUCUAGUAAAGUGCAGCUUUGUAUAGGCGUUGUAAGACAAUCUGGUAUGCUGGAAACAAGAGCAAGCCAUCCCCAAGUUGCUGGUGAACAUAGUAAGUGCAGUGGUAAGAAACGUCGAAUUGACGGUGGUCCCAGUCGAAAAACGAUCUAUGAGGGAAAGAUUUCAAGUUCGGAAGAAGUUCAGGGGAAUACUGCUCUGGGUUCAAGGGAGAAGGAAUUAGAAGAAAAUCACAGCAGUUCUUUGUGCAAGUUUGGCAGUAAGCAGAUUUCAGAUGUACCUAAAGGAAUGUUUGAUGCUAUAAGGGGGCUUCAUUUAUCGCGAAUGGAUAUUCUCAAAUUAGUGAAAGACCCUAUAUCACUCUUGCAUCUGGAUGGUUUUUUCCUGCGCUUGCGGCUUGGAAAGUGGGAAGAAGGUCUAGGAGGAACAGGAUACUAUGUUGCUUGCAUAACUGGGGUUCAUAGAGAAAACUCAGCAAAAAAUUCCCAGAAUUCUAUCUCUGUGAAUGUUGGGGGUAUCAAAUGCAUCGUUGAAAACCAGCACAUCUCUAACCAUGAUUUUCUAGAGGACGAGCUUGUUGCUUGGUGGUGCAGAACCUUGAGAAGUGGUGGGACGAUUCCAUCUGUAAAUGACCUGAAAUUAAAGCUCGAUGAUAGAAAAAAAUUGGGUCUUUAGAUUUUACUGUUUUUAUGCUGCAGGGCCAGUAGUUUUGAGGUCCAGCUUGCCUAAGAAGCAUCGCAAAGAUUGAGCUUCAUUCUUUCUUUUUCUUUUUCUGUAAUUAGAAUAUGAAACGUACUAUUGUUUGACUGAAUCAUCUGUUUAAGAGCAUAUAUGUGAGAAUUUCUGAGUACAACCAUCUUCCUUUUGAGAAUGUAGAAUUUUGAAAACUUACUGUUGUAUGAUUAAACCAUUUAUUUAGAGCACAAAUGUAAAUAUUUCUUUGAUGACCAUCUCUUUUUUUUGAGAAUUUA